AAUGGGUAAAUUUGCUAAGGGAUUAUCUAUGUAAUUUACAAUGAAAUUAUAUUGUGCAGGUCUGGUCCGCUUGGUUCUGCUGAAUCUGGAGACUAGCAGAGCUCUUCAUGAUGCUGCGUGAGGAAGAAGAAGGUGGCUCUCUGAGCCUGACGGAGAUGUUGCUCAAAGAGCUUGAGUCUGAAGUACUGAAGUCUCAUAACUUCUGUGAUGACGAGCUGUCCCGCGACGCUCACACUCCUCCAAUGGUGAUGUCAUGGCAAGCUGCUCUCUUGAAGCCCAGUAGCAAAGACCCUCCUGAAGGUCAGUCCUUCAUGGAGAUGCUGGAUGGAGAGGUUAGAAAUGAAGCUAGUGGCAUCAAUAGCCUUUCAGAAUCAUCCAUGGAUUACAUCAUUCAGCGGUCUCAGCGGACAAACAUUAGUGAUGAAAAGCCUGCUGUGGAGCGUAUGCCUCCCAGCAUGCCUCCAUAUCCUCUUCCCAAUGCUGCAAUGCCUCCUCAUCCUGUUCCCAACACGGCACCACCUCCUCAUCCUGUUCCCAACACGGCACUACCUCCUCCUUCAAUGAUGAACCUCCCACCUCCCCAAAGUUAUGGUAUUCCGCCUCCUAAUUUGCCUUUCCCAGCAAUGGGGCCAAUCUCAGUGCCACCUCCGUCAUCUGUUCCUCCCACAGGGUGCCCCAUGGUCCCCAUGAUGUGCCCUCCCCCGGCUCCAUGCCCGCCGCCAUUCAUGAAUGGCAUGUAUCCUGCAGGGCCGGUAAAUUUCAACCAAUAUGGUCAAACGCCAUUUUAUGGAUAUGGCAACACUAACUACAGUAACACCAAUGUAUCUUUUUCGUCAGUUGCUGAAAUACCGGACACUACGCUAGCCACUCAACUCAAGCUUAAAAAGAAAAAGAAAACUAAGAAAGAGCCUAAAGAUUCAUCUGAUGCAAUAAUAUUUGCUGACGCGGCCACUAAAUCCCCCAGCCCAGAUUCUACCAAGGCUCCCACUGCGGCAAUUCAAGAAUCUGUAGCAUCCAUUGUCCCUCCUACUCCAGACUCUCCCAAAGUCGCACCUAAAACUCCAGUUGAAUCUAUAGUUGCUAAUAUGAAGCAUGUGAAGGAACACAAACUUGUCAUAAAAAUGGAUAAACGAACUUUGAAAGAGAAAACGCCCGUGAAAAUGCCCGAUAAAAAGCGAGCUGCUGUAACGGAAUAUGCCAGCGAGUCCGAUGAUGGUGGUUACGACGUUGAAGCCUACAGAAAACGACAGCUACAUCGAUCGAUUACAUCAGUAAGGCUAGAUGAGAAUGAAGGUCUUCCAGAACUGUAUUCAAAGCUGAAGAAACUAAAUGAAGAAUUAGCUAUGCUGCAAAAGAAUGAAGCAUCUAACAGCUCCGAAUCUGAAUCCUCAGAUAGCUCUAAAAAAGAACGAAAUUCUUGGUCCAAGAAGAAAAAGAAGUACGAUUUGAAGAACAAAGAAAACCAUAACAAUGGGAAAACUUUGGACAAUUCCACUUGCCGAGCAAGCCCAUUAGUGAUAUCGGAAGAAAACUCAACUGCUCAGCGAACUAAGUUAGAUGUCAGAAUCAAGAUGCUUAUUAAUGAUGAAAAGACUACUCCGAGUAGAACAUCAUCAAUUUUGACCAAGCCUGACACUCCUAUUAGAACUGCACCUGCUGAGGAGCUUCACGAUCCAAAAGGCAGGACUGUCUCUUUCGAAAAGCUUCCUCCGCCUUCAGCUGCCAUCGUAGCUGCUAGAUAUUCUCAGCCACUCGAUAGAGCUCCAUCUCCUUUUCUUUCCAAAGAAAUAUAUCAUUACUGGCACAAAGAGUCGGUCAAAUUUCGCAAGUUUUUGAAGAAAUCCCCCAAAUUUAUUCAUAUUGAUGCUUUUGGUCGAUACAAAUUUCGCAAGAACAGAUUUGCACCAGUCACUAAAAAUACGUUGCGUUCUGCUGAAGCUUUGAAUAUUUAUUCAAUGCUGGAUCGAAAAUUGGUAAAAAAUACGGCGUCUUUAGAGAAAAAAGCUUCAGAAGAUCACGAGAAGGCCGCCGUGUCGGCUGAAAUCGAAGAAGAUUUAAAGCGGCUUGAAGCCAUCACUCGCGAGCUUCAAAUGUUGGAAGAGGAGGAGAGGAAGGCCCAGGAAGGAAGUAUCAACGAGUAUGACGAUGCACAGCUACUCGAGACUGCUGAUCAGCAUGACAAGAUGAACAAAUUGGACCAUAACGAUUCUCUCUUGGAAGUUUCUGAUGACUAUAAAAAAUUAGAAGAAAUUCGGCGGCAGCUCCGAGAAUUGGAGGAAGAAGAAGCCCGUGAGCAGAGCCAAUUAUUGACGUCCCGAGACGAUAAAACAGCUCCUAAAGAAACCGACGCUAUUCUUGACGAUAAAUUCGACAGCGAUUGCGCUACUUUUGAUGUGGAAAGUCUUCAAAAGACCUUAUCUGCUGAGCUGAUGAAAACGGAUAGUCCAAAUCCGGGAACGAACUGUGUUCAAGAACGAAAAUCUGAACCUGAAAAUGUUACUCAGAAGGCCAAGAAUAAUAGGGGUGUAAAAAGGGCCCCGGAUGAGCAUCUUAUUUCUCUCGUAAUGAGUUCUGUGAUGGAGGAACUUAAGAAAGAUUUGAAGACUUCCAUAGCCAACAAUCUCAUGCAGAACCAGCAUAAGAAGCUGGAUGCUUUCGCAAGCAAGAAACAGAAAACAGAAGCUUGAAGAAAAUGAUUCGGUGAUAAGAGUAGUUUCUGCAAUCUCUACAUUUUCAUAUAAAAAAAGUAGAAUCGAAGUUGAGCUUAUAACAUAAGUUUGUCUUUAGUGCCCGUAGUAAUAUGCCUAUAGUUGCUGUUGUACACAUUUCUGCCUUGCGAUCUCGUCUGGUAUUUGUGUUGUACAUAUUCUUUAAAAAUGUGUAUUUUCAAUAGAGCUCAACUCUUCAUCAACUGCUUGUACUAUAACGCAUUACUUUUUUUGCUUUUCUAACAUGGAACUACUAGUAGCAUUGUGUUUGUUGCGACGUUGGCCAUCUGACGAACGUGUAUCGUAGCCAUCAGACGUACGUGUAUUGUAAAUUCUUUUGUCACUUGAGCGCUUUGCGUAAUUUUAAACUUAUAAUAGUAAUUGCCAGCGUCUUAAAUUGUUUCUGAAAGGAAUGAAAUUUGGUGGUCGUAAUUAUGUUUUUGAUACCAAGUACUGUUUUUUUUUUCUUUGACUUCGGUAACUCUAAAAUCAAUAUCCAAGAUUUUAUGUGCUCUAUAAUAACAUUCUUAAUGCCGAUUAAGAGCAUUAUUAUUUCAAGAAAUUUGAAUUUUAAAUCAGUCUCUGGACGGUUAAAUUGAUUAUAAUCCAGUUGAAGGUCUUUUUGUUGAUAUACCUCAGAGUUUAAUGCAUUUGCUGUAAUGUUGAAGCCUAGUUUACCUUAGUUAAUAUUAGUUAAUUUUAGGUAGUAUUUUUCUGGAAAAUUCUUCAUCACAGUAAAUAUUCUUGACCA